AUGACGUCAACACCUACGCCACCACGCCACGCCGACCCCUCCUUCUCUUCCUCUUCCUCUUCCGCCAAGUUCAGGCUUCAGAAGAUUCCUCCGAUUCCGUUCCGAAGGAAGUCCAAAUCUAAGGCCGAAGCAAACAGAUUGGCCGAGGAAGAACAUAAAAAGCAGCAGCAGAAGCUGCAGCAGGAGAAGCAAGAACAACAACAAAAACAAAGCAAGGUGCAGAAAGACAUGCAGGAUUGCGAUUCCGGAGAACCCUCCAUUCUUCUCGCGUCUUCUUUAGGGCUUAAUCAAAUUCGCACUCGCUCUUCUUCUUCCCCUCUCCGCCAUUGCUCCUCCGUUGGCGCUUCUUCCUUUCUCACAAACGACGUCGUCUCAAACAUUGACCACAUUCCUACAACCAAACCUACUAAGGAUUUAGGGGAGAAAGUUCAUUGGAGUCAAUCCAAAUCGUUGAAGGCUCAUUCUCAGCUGCUUCCUGUUCUGGAGGGUAAUCAUGCAGCUUUUGCCAAAGAAAUGAAUUCCCCACGUUUUCAGGCAAUCCUGCGUGCAACAAGUGGCCGCAGAAGGACACAACCUGAUAUCAAAAGCUUUUCCCAUGAACUCAACUCCAAAGGUGUUCGACCUUUUCCAAUUUGGAAACACCGUGCAUUAGGCCAUAUGGAGGAAGUCAUGGUGGCAAUUAGAGUUAAGUUCGAAAAAUUGAAGGAAGAAGUUGAUUCGGACUUGGGUGCUUUUGCUGGAGAUUUGGUGGGUAUUCUUGAAAAAAUUUCAGGGUCUCAUCCUGAAUGGGCAGAGAGCUUGGAGGAUCUCUUGAUUGUUGCUCGACAAUGUUCAAAGAUGUCAGCUACCGAAUUUUGGGUCAAGUGUGAAACUAUUGUUCAAAAUUUAGAUGACAAACGUCAAGAUUUACCUGUGGGGAUCCUCAAGCAAGCUCACACACGCCUACUUUUUAUCCUCACUCGUUGCACCCGUCUUGUGCAAUUCCACAAGGAAAGUGGCUAUGAACAAGAUCACAUUCUGGGUCUUCACCAGCUCAGCGAUCUUGGUGUAUAUCCAGAGGAGCUGUUGCAGGCUGCACAGCAAAAUGCUGAUGCUCCAAUUGGUGGACAUGACAUGGCUGACCUGCGGAAAAAGUCAAAAGGAAAAGAGAAAAACAAAUUAAAGACUACGAAAUCUCAAGCUAACGAACAAAGAGUUAUGAGUGGCAAUGCGGAGGAGGAUAGUACAACAAAAAAUAGUUCCACUCCAAAUAGCUAUAGGAUGGCUUCUUGGAAAAGGUUUCCAGCAGCUAUUGACAAAAAGCAAAAGGAUGAAGAUGAUGGAGAUUUCCCCUCAAAAGGUGAUAUGGAUCAUUCGCUGGUCAAAGAACAGAAUUCUGAAAAUUUGGAUGCUAUGUCAUGUCAACCUGAACAUUCUGUGUCAUCAUCAAGGACACGAAAGGGUUCUUGGGGAUUCUGGGGAGAUCAACAAAAUCUAACAUAUGAAGAUUCAAUGAUCUGCAGAAUUUGUGAGGUUGAAAUACCAAUUGUACAUGUGGAGGAGCAUUCUCGAAUAUGCACAAUUGUUGAUAGAUGUGAUUUGAAAGGUUUAACUGUAAAUGAACGGCUUGAAAGAGUUUCUGAUACUAUUGAAAAGAUAUUGGAAUCCUGGACACCUAAAAGCACCCAAAGUACCGAAAUUGCAGGAGACAGUUUUGAGGUUUCUAGAAUGUCUACAUCAAGUGUGCAUGAAGAGUUCAGUGAGUUAACUUUAGAAAGAAAUAACAUCUCUUCUAGAUGCUCUGAAGACAUGCUUGACUCUACCAAUGAAACUGACAAUACAUUUGUUAUGGAUGAUGUGCACCUCCCAUCCGAAAUAUCGUGUGAACCGCAUAUCUACUUAAAAUCUGAUCAUGGGACAAAAAUAUCUUCAACUGGAAGCUUGACACCAAGAUCCCCUUUGAUAACACCACGAACCAGUCAGAUAGAAGUGUUAUUAAGUGGAAGAAUAGCAAUAUCUGAAUAUGAGAGUUACGACCAGAUUAAUAAGCUAGUGGAAAUAGCUCGUUCUGUUGCAAAUGUGAAUGCCUGUGACUACAGUUCUUUGGAGAUUAUGCUUGAUCGCUUAGAAGACCUGAAAUAUGCGAUUCAAGACAGAAAAGUAGAUGGCCUCAUUCUGGAGACUUUUGGACGACGUAUAGAGAAACUUCUACAGGAGAAAUAUAUAUCUCUUUGUGGGCAGAUAGAAGAUGAAAAGGUAGACUCGUCAAAUAUCAUGGCUGAAGAAGAGAGUGCAGUGGAAGAUGAAGUUGUACGUAGCCUUCGUGCUAGUCCAAUUAAUCCUUGUUCCAAGGACCGAACCUCUAUAGAAGACUUUGAAAUAAUAAAGCCAAUAAGUAGGGGUGCAUUUGGACGAGUUUUUCUUGCCCGGAAAAGGGCAACUGGUGAUUUAUUUGCUAUAAAGGUUUUGAAAAAGGCAGAUAUGAUACGUAAAAAUGCAGUUCAAAGUAUUUUGGCUGAGCGAGACAUCCUCAUAUCUGUUCGAAAUCCUUUUGUGGUCCGAUUUUUCUACUCUUUCACAUGUAGAGAAAAUCUCUAUCUGGUUAUGGAGUAUUUGAAUGGUGGAGAUCUUUAUUCUCUGUUAAGAAAUUUAGGUUGCUUAGAUGAAGAUAUGGCUCGUGUCUAUAUUGCAGAAGUUGUUCUUGCAUUGGAGUAUUUGCAUACCUUAAAUGUGAUUCACAGAGAUUUGAAGCCAGAUAACUUGUUGAUUGGUCAAGAUGGUCACAUUAAGUUGACUGAUUUUGGACUCUCUAAAGUUGGUCUUAUCAACAGCACAGAUGACUUAUCAGCACAAUCAUUUUACAAUAAUGGUUUUCUAGGAGAUGAUGAACUAAAACCUCAACAUUAUUCUAAAAGGGAAGGACGUCGAAAGCAUUCAAUAGUUGGCACCCCAGAUUAUUUGGCACCAGAAAUACUUCUUGGGAUGGGACAUGGUGCAACUGCAGAUUGGUGGUCCGUGGGUGUGAUUCUUUAUGAGCUUAUUGUGGGUAUUCCACCAUUCAAUGCAGAACAUCCCCAGCAAAUUUUUGAUAACAUAAUCAACAGAGAUAUACAAUGGCCCAAGGUUCCUGAGGAGAUCAGCUUUGAAGCAUAUGAUUUGAUUAACAAAUUAUUGAAUGAAAAUCCAGUCCAAAGGUUAGGUGCAACAGGAGCUACAGAGGUUAAACGCCACUCGUUCUUCAAGGAUAUUAAUUGGGAUACUUUAGCAAGGCAGAAGGCUAUGUUCAUACCAUCAGCUGAAGCUCUUGAUACAAGUUAUUUUAUGAGCCGGUACAUUUGGAAUCCAGAGGAUGAACAUUGUACUGGGGGUAGUGACUUUGAUGACAUUAGUGAAACAAGCAGCACCUCUGGCAGCGACUUAUUAGAUGAAGAUGGUGAUCAAUGUGGUAGUUUGGCAGAUUUCAGUGCUCCUCCUCUUGAGGUGCAAUACUCCUUUAGCAAUUUCUCAUUUAAGAACUUGUCUCAGCUAGCAUCUAUCAAUUAUGAUCUGGUGAUUAAGAACUCCAAAGAAUCGCCCAACAACUCCAAUCCGUCAGUUUCAUGACAACACCAGAUAGGGUGGUAAUUUUCUCCUACCUUCUUCGUGUGACUACGAGGGUAUUAUUGGUCUCAUGUUGGAUGCAAUGUGAUGUGGCCCAAGAAGUUGUUCUACUUGUUUGUUGUCAUCUUUCGGUGUAGAAGCUCUUUUAGGAUUUGAACCGAGUGAGACUGUUAAUAAGAUUUUAUCUCUUGCUCAGAGUGCUUUUGGAAGGUAGAAGGGUACAGUUACACCGAAAAUCUUAAAUAUGACCAUACACCUAUGCUUUCUAGGUGAAGGAAAAAGGGGAGAAAGAAGCCAGGAGCGAAGCUAGUUUGAACCCCGAACAAAGUAUUAGGUAUAUAUAAGUUUAGAAAUAGGUGUAUGAGUUUUGGUAAAGGUUUUGUUGUGGCAAUUGCAUCUCUUUGUGGAGGUUUUAGGCAGCUUGAUUCUUUGUAC